CGGGCCGCGGGGACGCGGAGUUGGGGCCGGGCCGGGCCAGCGCACGGACAUGGCCCCGUGGCUGCAGCUCUGCUCCGUCUUCUUCACGGUCAACGCCUGCCUCAACGGCUCUCAGCUGGCCGUGGCCGCCGGCGGCUCCAGCCGGACUCGGGGCGCGGACACCUGCGGCUGGAGGGGAGUGGGGCCGGCCAGCAGAAACAGCGGGCUGCACAACAUCACCUUCAGAUAUGACAACUGCACCACCUACUUGAACCCGGUGGGAAAGCACGUGAUUGCCGAUGCCCAGAAUAUCACCAUCAGCCAGUAUGCGUGCCACGACCAAGUGGCAGUCACCAUUCUUUGGUCCCCAGGGGUCCUCGGCAUCGAAUUCCUAAAAGGAUUUCGGGUAAUACUGGAGGAGCUGAAGUCAGAGGGAAGACAGUGCCAGCAACUGAUUCUGAAGGACCCGAAGCAGCUCAACAGUAGCUUCAAAAGAACCGGAAUGGAAUCGCAGCCCUUCCUGGGCAUGAAGUUCGAGACGGAUUACUUUGUGAAGAUUGUCCCUUUUCCUUCCAUUAAAAACGAAAGCAAUUACCACCCUUUCUUCUUCAGAACCCGCGCCUGCAACCUGCUGUUACAACCAGACAACCUGGCCUGUAAGCCCUUCUGGAAGCCGCGGAGCCUGAACAUCACCCAGCACGGGCUGGACAUGCAGGUGACCUUCGACCACGCGCCGCACAGCUUUGGCUUCCGUUUCUUCUACCUGCAUUACAAACUCAAGCACGAAGGACCCUUCAGGCGGAAGACCUGCAAGCAGGAGCAGAAUGCAGAGACAACCAGCUGCCUUCUUCAGAAUGUUCCUCCAGGGGAUUACAUAAUUGAGCUGGUAGAUGACACUAAUACCACAAGAAAAGUGAUGCAUUAUGCCUUAAAGCCAGUGCAUUCCCCGUGGGCGGGGCCCAUCCGAGCUGUCGCCAUCACCGUGCCCCUGGUGGUCAUAUCCGCCUUUGCCACGCUCUUCACUGUGAUGUGCCGCAAAAAGCAACAAGAAAAUAUAUAUUCACAUUUGGAUGAAGAGAGUUCUGAGUCCUCCACAUACACCACGGCACUGCCCCGGGAGCGGCUGCGCCCGCGGCCAAAGGUUUUCCUCUGCUACUCCAGUAAAGAUGGCCAGAACCACCUGAACGUGGUCCAGUGCUUCGCCUACUUCCUGCAAGACUUCUGUGGCUGCGAGGUGGCUCUGGACCUGUGGGAAGACGUCACCGUCUGCAGGGAGGGCCAGCGGGAGUGGGUCACCCGGCAGAUCCGCGAGUCCCACUUCAUCAUCGUGGUGUGCUCCAAGGGCAUGAAGUACUUCGUGGACAAGCGGGGCCACAGGCGCCGGGGCGGCGCGCGCAGCCCGGGCACGGGGGAGCUCUUCCUGGUGGCCGUGGCGGCCGUCGCCGAGAAGCUGCGCCAGGCCCAGCACAGCUCGCCAGCCGCGCGCCGCAAGUUCAUCGCCGUCUACUUCGAUUAUUCCUGCGAGGGGGACAUUCCCGGCGUGCUGGAGCUGAGCGCCAAGUACAAGCUCAUGGACCACCUCCCCCAGCUCUGCGCCCACCUGCACGCGCGCGACCCCCGGCCGCCGGAGCCGGGCCCGCACCCGGGACACGGCAGCCGGAGGAACUACUUCCGGAGCAAGGCGGGCCGCUCCCUGUACGUGGCCAUCUGCAACAUGCACCAGCUCAUCGACGAGGAGCCCGACUGGUUCGAGAAGCAGUUCGUGCCCUGCCCGCCGCCCCCGCCCCGCCUGCGGGAGCCGGUCCUGGAGAAGUUUGACUCGGGCUUGGUGUUGAACGACGUCCUGUGCAAGGCGGGGGCCGAGGCGGCCGGCCCGGGGGCGCAGGCCGACGAGGGUCCCUCCCCCCUGGGGCACGAGGCGGAGGUGCGGCCGGGCCCCGACGGCAGCUGCGUCCUCCAGCCCCUGCUGCACGCCGUCAAGGCCGCGGGGCCCUCGGACAUGCCGCGGGACUCGGGCAUCUAUGACUCCUCCGUGCCCUCGUCCGAGCUGUCGCUGCCCCUGAUGGAAGGACUCUUCACAGACCCCACAGAGACGUCCUCGCUGGCCGAGAGCGUGUCGUCCUCCUCGGGCCUGGGUGAGGAGGACCCUCCUGCUCUGCCUUCCAAGCUCCUGGCCGCGGGGGCUUGCCAAGCAGAGCCUGGUUGCCGCAGCUGUACCGGCGAGCUCUGUGCCGUGGCCCCUUUGUAACGAAGCUGAAGCGUCUAAGCAUUGCCACUUUAGCCGCCGCCUCUCCGGGUCCCAGGUCUUCUCUCGGGGGCUGAGGGCUCCCACGAGGCAAUUCGGAGUGAAACUCAGGCCAGGACUCACUCACCUGGCCCCAACCCUCUUAGCGCGUUAGCAGAUACCUUGGCCAGUUCUCCCAGUUGUCUCAAGCCGCAUGGAACUCUGAAAGGCUUGUCCAGGAGGUCUGACAGCGGCUUGCCCGUUAGGUCAGUCCUUGGAUGAGAUCCAGCUCGGGGAUGUGGGCAGGAAGUGGGUCCUGGGAGGCGGCCCAAGAGCCUCACAGAGGGAGGGUUCCAGGUUUAAUUUAUCUCCAUGAACUUUGCCUGUUUGGCUUCUCUGAUGUGAAGGGCUUUGAGGAAAAAGCACUUUGAGUGCCAGUUACAGCCAGAGAAAUCGAGUGCCAGUCUUUGUGGAACCCUGGUCUUGCAGGGGAGGUUCCUGUAGGUGGGUUUGCUUGAGGGAGACACCGCCAUGGCCUAGGAGUUAAAGAAGGGCUAUGGGGGUCAGGGGGUUGUAGCCAAGUGACCUUUUCAUGAAACCAGCCUUGACCUCACAGCAGGCAGCUCCGCUAGCUGAGGUGGGGGCCAGGCCCCCCCCCUCCAGAUGAGUUUUUCUGACAUGGCUGGUUCAGCUGCAGGCGGUCCUGGAGCUCUGGGUCUUGGGUCUCCUGUGCUCAGAGCCCCCGUCCGCCCCAGGGGUGCCAUUUGCUGCCUUACCUCAGAUGCGUGUGUACCCAGAGGCUUCUUUUUAAGAGAAUAAUCCCUGCUCGGGCUGUGUCACUGGAGUUGCUCUGUGUGCUUUGACUGGCCCCUGGUCUAAACCUGGGUCUGAAAUAUUGGGGAUCUGAAUUCCCCGGAAGUACAGCAGUGUAUUGAGGCCGCAGCCAGUCUGCUUGCUUGAACUGGUUUUGGACUCAUGAGAACCCCUUUUAAAGAAGGCUUAAAAGGAGGCGACCAUCCCAGGGAUGUAUUUGUUUUCCGGCAUCACUGAAAGAAGAGGGUGAACCUGAAAUGGGUAAAUUCUUCAGUCUGUUAGUGCUGCGCCCCCACCCCGCCACCCCCACCCCAGCCUGUGAAUUCAGUUGUGCUGCAUUUCUGGUGCAAUUUCCCCAAUGAGAGAGGCCUCUUUGUGCCCUCCUACCAAAAACAGGUAUUAGAGCUUUGGAAGAAGAAAACAUGAGCCUUAUUUCUAGGAGGUCUCCUGCCAGGAUUUCUGUUUGCCAGGGGUAAAAGCAGGUGUUCCCAUCCCUCUGGUGAUUGGCACUUACCUCCGGGUGUCUCAUCGUCCUGAACGCUGGAGGGGCUGAGAAGCAUCUUUCUUCACCUGCUUCAUGGAUGCGCUGGGACUUGGGCCUCCCAUCUUGGCAGCACUCCCCCGGAUCAUGGUUCCCACUCCUUCAGCAAGUGGGAACCGGAAACGAGGCAGGACCCUUCCUUCCACGGACCCCUGCGGGAAAGGGACACGGGUAUGGCUUUUCGGAUGCAGAUGCCGUGCCACAGCUCCGGAAAGGCAGCUGCUCGCUCUGGGGAGAGAAACGUGCUCAUCUGUUCCCGGGCAUCAAGUUUCCCUCAGCUGUUCUAAAGGAGAGAAAAGCGAGCUGCGGAGCAGUCUCCCCCACAGCAGCCAUCGUGUCGGAAAAGAUUUCAAGUUGUCCUCUUGGAGCCCAAGACACAGGCACCGACUCUCAUACGUGACCAUCUAAUCUUUUUUCAGCCCCCACCCUAUGUUCUUUUGGGGAUCAGGUGGUAUGGACUUGACAACGAAAAUUCACUUAGGAACAUUUAUCAGAGAUGAUCUCCUUGAGACCAAAAAAUGGUGUGCAGCCCCAAAGGAACCUUUGAGAGCCACCUUUAGGUUAUUGGUCUCUAAUGUUCCACAUGUGAAACAAGCUGUCUCUGAAAUACUGGUCCCGGGGAUAGCAUGCAGGAUGGGGCCAGGAUGGGGGUAAGGGAAGGUGGGCAACAAAACUGGGCAGACAUUCGUAAGGGAACUUUCUUAUUUUGAAAAUGGAAGCGGGGGGAGACUGUGCUAGUCCAGACAUUAGGUGCUGUUUUUAGUUUGGAGUUUGGGAACAUAAUUUGAAAUAUUGAUGUUUGCAAAAUGUGCCAAGUGAGGAAACUGCAGUGUGCAUGCCUAACCCAGAAUAAGUUGAAAAGUUCAGCUUCCUGGUUUUUGCCGUAUUAGUUUCACUUGUUUGUGUUAUUGUUUUGUUUCUCCCCGCUCCUUCUCCUGCUGGGAAUGGGAAUAAGUUGACUUUCAGAGUAAGGCAAAACAGCUGUUGUCUGCAGAGCUGCAUUUUUCAACUCACACAUUGUCCUGGACAGUGGAAAUGAUAAGGUGGAAUUCAGAUAAAGGUUUUGCCAAGCCACAGGCUUUUAGGCAGUGUGGAGGGGGGGAGCAGGGGGGGGGCAAGAAUGAGACUAUGGGAAUGAUCCCAAUGCAAAGACCUUGAGCUUGAGAGUUUGUUGCUACUUUCGAUGGCAUGUUCUAGAGUCAUGGGAGACCAGGGAUAAACCCAGGGUCUAGGGCUGACCAGGAAGUCUGCAGGUUGUGAAAGAUUGAGGGCCAGUUGUCCGUCUUAAUUCACCAGUGCCCUAGGGGAAGAAUUAAACAUCUGACAUUCUGCUUUGUUUUGCCAGGAGAGUGAUCUGGGAUGGGAAAGCUCAGGGUGAGGCAUGUUUGACUCUGAGUCUGGCAAUAAGGAUCACUCAGAGGCGUGGGUGGAGGGGCUGGGGGCAAGGCCAGGCCCAGAAGAACUUUCAGAAAUACUCUCCCCUGCCCCGCAGUCCUGGGAUUUAAGGCCUACUCAUGUCCAGAAAGAAUCAGAAGUCAUUCAGCCUCCUACUCAGGUGACUGACCCCGCCAGAAGAUAGAGUGAGGAGUCAGAGAUGAACUGGGCCACACAGUCAUGAGACAGCGUUCAACUUUGGGGUUUCGGUGUUUUGUUUAGUUGACACAUCGGCAAUACUGGAAGACAGAUCCACAUCCGAAGUUUAGAGAAACGUCUAGCAAAUGAUGACACUGUUGGAAUCCAUGGGUAGUUAUGAAUGGAGAGUUAAGAUCAAAAUCAUAGAUUUUCUUUUGUUAGAGUUCCAAACCUUGGGCCAGUGAGACCUGGCAAAGUUUAAGACACUUACCUUCCAGACAGCUGUGGUGAUGGUGCUUGUUCUAAUCCAGGCACUGCACACGGCCUCCCCUGAGCGACCAGGAGUGACCCAGUGCCAAAACAAACAAAAAAAUUUCAGGUCAGAGCUCCUGACUUAAGUGCCAAGAAAUAGGAAUUCUGUCUCCAAAAUAUGGUGUAUGUGGCUUUCUGAGCUUCUCUACCUUUUGUCAGAGUUGAGCACCUUUACGUGUGAAUGAAGCAGAGUAGGAACCAGAGAGAGCUCAGAGGGCCGGAGCGCCUGCCGCAGCCCCAGGUCGGCCCAAAGCCCCGCAUGGUCCCCUGAGCACUGCCAGGAGCUGUAAGUCCGUGAACACCACUGGGGGUGACCCCAAACCCAAACCCCAAAGAAGCAGGUGAACAGUUUCGUCCUGGAGAAAUGACAGAUCUUUCGCCCUAAAGGAAAACAGCUCCAGUCACCUAAUCGGACUGUUUCUUGUGGGGGCACACCCAGCAGUGCUCAGGGAUCACUUGCGACAGGUUGGCUGUGUGCAAGGCGAGUGCCCUGCCAGCUGUACUCUCUGUCUGGCCCUUAGUCUGGCUCCUGUAAAAGACAGGAAUCUCCCUUUUUACUGAGAGAGAAGUAGGCCAGGGUGCUGUGAAGGCCUGACCUCCCACAGCAUCUGCUGUGCCCUCUUGGUGGGCCUGGUGAAGCCUGCCACCCACUGACGCUGUCUCACCCCACCUUCAGGGGCUGUUUUCCAACCAUCUUUGGUCAUAAAGUGUUUCCUGUUUGUUUGUUUGCUUUCAGUUUUCUAUGAGAAACAGAAUCUCGAUGUUUUGUUCUACUUGCAGUGCCAGAAGUUGAACCCAGGGCCUCACCCAUCUGAGGGGCCUGUUCUGCCACCAAGUCACACCCCUGACCACAAUAACGUGCAUUUCCUUAGUGUGGAUGUUUGCCACUUAAUAUAAUGUUGACAACUGGAUUAAAAAUCAGUGAAUUCAGGCCCAACAGAUCCAGUGAACAGUGAACCUGAUUUGGCCCACGAGCUCCCACUUCUGCUUUGUAAAAUGUGAAAGGAAAGUCAUCUGUGGGAAUAGCGCAUCUCUGGCGUCACCAGAGGAUGCCUAGGUUGCUUCUUCUCUGCCUUGUUCCCACAAUGAAAAUAAUGUGAUGAGAAUGUCUCUUUCUGAAGAGAAAGGCAGACCAGUUAUUAAUUUCAGAAUCAGGUUUGUGUCUUCCCAACUUUUUUUUUUAAACAUGACACUUGGGACACUUUUAUUUAAACUCCACUCCCUGCAGGAUAUUAUUUAUAGUUUUAACUCUUGGCUUAAAUAAUUUUUUCAGAUGAUGUACAAUCUGAGUAUAGGCCCAGACUUACCGGGAAAGCUAGCUAGUCACAUUUCCUGUGACCACAAGAGCAAGGUAUUUGCCAUGUCGUCCACUCAAAAUGGUCUGAGAAUUGACUUCGUUUGGGGGGAUAGAAAAAGGCUGAUCUGGCUUGUGAAGGAGCAGUUAGAAUUCCUCCUGGACUAUUAGUUCCUCCUUGCCAGGGUCAGAGUCAAAAUAAGCAAGAGCCAAUGUCUUCGAUUCUGAUUUCAGAGAAAAUUGGGAUUACUGAGCAUAUUCCCCUUGGGUGCCAGUGCCGCAUCUGAGUUAUUUCGGACAUAAGGUGCGGACGGGAUUCUGGAUUUUCAGUGAGUCUGUAACCUGCCCUGCUGAUGAGAUUGAGAGCCUGUUCUUUGUAGGUUUUCCUUAGAGAAAUUCAAACCAGUCCUUUGCUUUGCAGUGGGAAAGAACAGCUGGUCACCUUCGGUGCAUUUGAAAACCACAGUGAAGUCAUCCCCCUGGUGCUUUGAUUUCAAGGAUGAAUAAUCCCACCCACUUAAACCAUUCUUCAUAGCUUUUCUUUUCCAAGGGUUUACUCAUUUUCAGUGCCCUGCUUUCUCAGACUCAACACUUGCAUCACUUGCCCGGCCUUAUUCCCAUUGGUGCCUUGUGAAGACCUAGAAGAGGGUUGCAGGAAAAUCCUUAUGAGCCUGACUUCUCUUACUCUCUGCAGAUCUAAUGAUGCUUUUACAAAUGAGAUGUCACCUGGGGCUGGAGCGGUAGUACAGCGGGUUGGGUUUUGCCUUGCAUGUGCCUGACCCGGGUUUGAUCUCCAGCAUCCCAUGUGGUCCCCUGAGCACAACCAGGAGUAAUUCCUGAAUGCAGAGCCUGGAGUAACCACUGAGCAUCAUUGGUUAUGGCCCCAAAAGACAAAAGCAAAAAAAAAAAAAGUGGGUGAUGUCACCAAUAUACAUUUUGAGUGUUACUGGCUAUGUUCGGGUUUUUGAAAAGGUUUUUUUUCCCCCCUUGUCAGUAGACCUCAUUCAUACGUGGCUCAUUUCCCUUCUUUCCUACUUGUGGUCAUACAUGGUGCUUCUUCCUCUGAUGUGUUUGAUUCCUACACCUCCUCAGGACCAGUUCUUAGGUUCUGAGUGGCAGCUCCAUUCUCCCCCACCCCCCAUCCCUGCCCAACUCUGGACUCUUUAUUUUUCUCUUCCCUAUCUCUAGAUACAGCCUUUAAUCCUGGCCUUUAAUCUCUAGCCUUUAAUUCCUGAGUCAGAAUGUUAUUAAGUGGUGCCGCCUUCACUCUGACCGCUGCGAGAUAGGCAGCGGCUAAGGGCUCAUUUGCAGAGAAGCCAGAUGGGAGGGCUCAUGGGGACUUGGAGCUGUGGGCCCGCUGCCCUUUGAUUCCUCCUGGAGGCUUUGCUGGGACCUGAGUCCUCGGGAGCUUCUCUGUGUGUGUGAAAGGCCUGCACAGCUGGGAAUUGGCCCAGCACUGUUCUGCACAGUCUGAGAAGGAGAAAACAUUCGGGCUGUGUAGCUGAUGUUUAUGUCAAAUAAAAUUUAAGUCGGGAAGAUUCAGAGAAGCUGUCAUCUGUUUAUGUGUGAUGUAGACCCAGUUUGCUGCUCCAUUUGUUAGACAAAACACUUUGGGUUCCACUCAUAUGUGGACAUCUGUUAUAAAACAAAAAGGAUUUUCUCUUGACAAAAAAAAAGAAAAAAAAACCCAUGGCCUGUUUAAACAACGAAGUGUUUGUAAAAAUCCAGAGUGCUCGUUUAGUGAAGAGGUGCCAGUACAGUCCCGGGUGUUAGGGACUGCUUUGUGGACUGCAGACAUUCCCUGGCGCCCUGUUCCCGGGAGAGCCUGUGGGAUGCGGUGGCAUGUGCCAUGGCAAGUGUUUAAUCUACACGUUGGACCCUGGUGGCCUUUGGUGGCAUCACAAGCACUGUGACUGCAGCGAUUCGCUGGAUUUCUACACGGGGUGCGCCGAUGCCUUACUUGAUUUGUGCAUAACUGUAAAUAGGCGGCAGUAGCUCAUGUCCAACUUUGGCAAAAUGUUUUUGUACUUUAGAAUUUCUCUAUCCAAUAAAAUGUUUUGUC